ACCAGCAGACGAAACCUAGACGUGGUUGGAGGGUGAAGUGAGACCGUCCAGGCUCUACGAAGUCACGCAGCUGUUUGGUCAUGAUCAUGAUUGACAGAGUUGAAACUUCCUCGGAUCGUAUUCGAAAUAGCCACUCUCAGAAUGGCGUUAUUCAGCCUCUUCUUACUGAUAUGUACCAAAUAAACAUGGCCUAUGCCUACUGGAAGUCGGGAAGGCACGGAGAUUCUGCGGUGUUUGACCUCUUCUUCCGCAAAAAUCCAUUCCACGGGGAAUUCACUAUCUUCGCUGGACUCGAGGAAUGUCUUAAAUUUCUGGAAAACUUCAAAUACUCUGAAUCAGAUUCCAGUCACAAAUUUUGGAUCUCUUGGGACCUGGUUUUCUACUUGUUGAUUAGCUGAUUGUACAGUCAUCCAAUCCCAGCUCAGCUAGAAAAUAGUGUUCCAGGGUCCCUCUUUUUUUUCUUUAAUAUUAGUUGGCGAGAUAAAACAAUUUGUAAAGUCAUGGAGGAAACAAAGGAUAUUCAGUAUCUGAAAGAGACAAUGCCUGAGACUGUUGAACCUGAGUUCUUUGAAUUUCUGUCCAACGUCACAACCAAGGAUGUGAAAAUGCAUGCCAUUGAUGAGGGCAAAGUAGUUUUUCCCAGAGUUCCAUUGCUGGUGUUAGAGGGACCUUUGAUUGUCAUUCAGCUUCUGGAGACAACGCUUCUCACUCUAGUCAAUUAUGCAAGCCUGGUAGCUACAAAUGCUGCACGGUACAGAAUGGCUGCUGGUCGUAAGAUCAAGCUGCUGGAGUUUGGCUUAAGAAGAGCUCAAGGACCAGAUGGGGGUCUCACUGCAUCUAAAUAUUCUUAUGUUGGUGGAUUUGAUGGGACAAGUAAUGUUUUAGCUGGCAAACUGUAUAACAUUCCUGUUAAGGGCACACAUGCACACUCCUAUGUCUCAUCAUAUUCAAGUCUAGAUGAACUCCAUAUAGAGUUUCAGACUCUGAGACACAAGGAGACUGGAGCACUGAUGAACCUGAAGGAGGUGUCACUAGCAUGGAGAGGUCUACUAGCAGACAAGUUGCAUAUCCUUCAGUCUGAGGCUUCAGAUGGCGAGCUGGCAGCCUUCAUAUCAUUUGCCAUUGCAUUUCCUUCAGGAUUUGUUGCACUUAUUGAUACAUAUGAUGUCCUAAAGAGUGGAAUUCUCAACUUUUCUGCAGUAGCUCUAGGACUCCAUGACUUGGGGUACAGAGCUCUUGGUGUGAGAAUAGACUCAGGAGAUCUUGCCUAUCUCAGCUGUGUGGCCAGAUCAAUAUUUGCUACCAUUGCCAAGGGGUUUGAUGUUGAAUGGUUUGAACACUUAUCAAUAGUGGCAAGUAAUGACAUAAAUGAAGAAACCAUUAUCAGUUUAAAUGAACAAGGACACAAGAUUGACUGCUUUGGUAUUGGCACUCACCUGGUGACCUGUCAGAGACAACCUGCUUUAGGAUGUGUUUUCAAAUUAGUGGAGAUCAAUGGGGAGGCCAAAAUUAAGCUCUCACAGGAUGUUGAGAAGGUGACGUGUCCGGGGAAGAAGUCCGCAUACCGUCUCUAUGGUGCAGAUGGUCAUGCACUCAUAGACCUGAUGCACCGCACCAGUGAAUCAGCCCCAAAAUGUGGCAGCAGAGUUCUUUGUCGACAUCCCUUCCAGGAGAGUAAAAGAGCCUAUGUUAGUCCAGCUAAAGUGGAAUCAUUGUUUAAGCUAUAUUGGAAAGAUGGCAAGAUUCAGCAGGACUUACCAAACCUGGAGGAGAUAAGGGACAGAGUGACGGAGUCGCUACAGACAUUGAGACAAGACCAUAAGCGCAAUCUGAAUCCUACUCCCUAUAAGGUUGGAGUUACGGACGACUUGUACAAUUUCCUUCAUGACCUGUGGCUUCAGAAUGCCCCCAUUGGUGAGCUGUUUUAGUUGUUAUACAUGAUGAUGGCAGUGUGAUGUGCUGCCUGUAGUCACAACACUAAAUUACUGAAUGUCUUAAAAUCAGAGCUAAGUUACAUCUUUUGGGCCAUAUUCCAUACGUAAAUUUUGAAAAUGAUGUAGCAUUGAUUUGCUGAAUACUUCUCAUCAUGAACUAUUGAAUGCCUUAGAGAAACUUUUAAUUCAUAACUCUGAGGACUAUGGUCCCUUAGUGCUAGUAAUUAGAAACUUACUUUUGUAAUAGAUUUUUUUUUUAUAGAAUACUGUGUGUGGGAAUCAUUUUUAAUUAUUGUGCAAACAAUAUUUAUAGUUUUAUUUUCAUUCACUGACAUUAUGCAAACAUGUUGUCAAGAUGAGACAUUAGUGAAAGUUGCCUUUAAGUUCACAUUUGAAAGAUUUCACAGAAAUAGAAACUUUGAAAAGCAAACCACAUUACAAAACAAAAACUUGGAUUAAACAACACUGUUUUGGCACCCACUAGCUUACUCUUCUGCUGCUGGUACAACACAGCUGAAGAGGAUAAUAUGUAUUGGGUAUUGCAGUUGUUUUGUCAAAGUGUAUAUUUUAUAAUAAGGUGCCAUUUCCUUGCAGCCCUUGAAUGUGCACACCCAGGCUUUUAUGGUUUUCACAGUAAACACUGAGGUCAUGUUAACUUCUGGUAGUCUGAAGAUUGUUUAUUCUCCCACCACCACCAUUGCUCAAUAAUGAGGCAUUAGAAAUCAGUUUGCCUUAAGAUCUGGGACUUUGACAAGUCAUGAUACUACUCAACUAAUUCUUUCCACUGAAUAGACUUGUCUCUUUUGAGAGUACAGUAUCAUAAACCAUUUUCAUGGUAACAAUGCCCUUAACAUCCACCAACCUGGAUCCAUUUGAUGUUAUAUGCAGAUUCAUAGAAAGCAGGGAAAUUGUUAUGGUGAGUGAGUGCUGAAUUGAGUACUCAUUGAUUUUAGAAGAUCUGUGGUCCUCUACCAAUGAUUCAUUUUUCCUUGAUAUUGAAGCUAAUGGCACAGGGAGUAAGGAGAAGAGAGUGAGUUGUUCUAAUAGUAAAUUCAUAUUCUUGCUCUCACAAAUUUAGUUCAGCAAUAUUCUGGCACUGAAAUAAGGUACAAAAAAAAGGUUAUUUUAUGCUAUUGCAUUGGUAUAAGCAGUUCUUAAUUAAAUGUUCAGUUAUAACAACCAUAAUUUUUUUUCAUAUUAUUACAGUAUAGUCUCGGUUUAUGCGGUCACUUAAACCCGUGGAGGUCCGCGUAAAACGGGAAACGCGUAAACGAAAUAACAGAACAUAUGGG